UUCCGCUCCUUCAAGCAAGUAACUUCUGAACUUUAUCCAAAGGGGAGAAACAAACACUACCAGAGUGAAGCAGGGCAAAACGGAACAGGCAAAUUUUAAUCGCCCGACUGUAGACCUGCGGCGGGUGAGGGGGCAGGUCGACAAAUUAAAGGAUGUGGAUCUGGUAUCUAUUGUUGGGUUCGGGCUCGGGCUCCAGCUCGGUUGACAGCCAGCUGCUCCCCGGGAACAACUUCACCACAGAGUGCAACAUCCCGGGGAACUUCAUGUGUGGGGAUGGAAAGUGUGUCCCAGGCGGGUGGCAGUGCGAUGGACUCCCUGACUGCUUUGACAAGAGUGACGAGAAGGGCUGCCCCAAGGUGAAGUCGAAGUGCGCACCCACUUUCUUUGCCUGUGCCAACGGGGUCCACUGCAUCAUUGGACGGUUCCGCUGCAACGGGUUUGAUGACUGCCCUGAUGGCAGCGACGAAGAGAACUGCACAGCCAACCCCCUGGUGUGCUCCACUGCGAGGUUCCACUGCCGAAAUGGCCGCUGUGUGGACCGUAGUUUCCUGUGUAAUGGUCAGGACAACUGUCAGGACAACAGUGAUGAAGAGGACUGCCAGACCACCUCAGAAGCUCCUAGCCAGGACUUUGUUACCCUGGACUACCGGCUGCGGUACUACCCCAGUAUCACAUAUGCGGUGAUCGGCAGUGCUGUCAUCUUUGUCCUGGUGGUGGCACUGCUGGCCCUCGUUCUGCACCACCAGAGAAAGCGCAGUGUGCUGCUCCCACGUGGUGUGCGGGGGGGCCACCAUCACCACCAGCCCCUACUCCUGUCCCGCCUGGUCAUCCUGGACCGGGCACAUGCUGGGAUUGCCCCAACCUCGCCCUCUGUCCCAUACAGUGCCGGGCCAGGUGUCCAGUUGCUCUCCAGCACUCUGAACCCCAGCGGCCUCCCCCUGGACUCUCCACCAUCCUACUCGCAGGCCGUGCUGGAUGCCAGCCGGCCUCCCUGGUUUGAUCUUCCGCCACCACCCUACCCCCCAGAUGGAGGGCCGCCACCUCAGAGAGACCUGCCCCCAUACGAGGUCCAGCCAGUGGUCCCCCUCCCCGAAUCAACACCAGCCAGUCCCAGCCUGCAGGAGGAGUUGGAUCAGUUGUAGCUCUGUACUGGAUGAUUGUACAAAAGAGACAGUGGCACAGAGGGGACAUUCUCUAAGAGACUGCAUGGGACAGCAGAGGUCCUGGGAGGGAGGGGAGGGCAAGUAUGUACCCCUAUGUACCCACCUGCUGCUAAUAUGAGAGGAGAGGCUGGGCAUUCAAAAAUGAGACAACCCGAUCCUGUCUCCUUCUCCCCCCCAUACCCACAAGGCCCUUGGCUCCAUACUCUGUGAUGCUGUAUACAAUGAUCCUUGUGUCUGGGACACAGUGGUGCCCUCUGCUGGGUCCUCAACAUGUAGCCCAGCCUGUCUGCUGGAGAGAGCAGGAACUGUGAGACCGAGGGGAAGAGGAGCAACCAGCAACAACCACUUCACUGCGCCAUGUCGGGCUUCCACCGCAACAUGCAGUGGGAGUCACUCAAGCAUCACCCUGUUGAUGUUCUUGCAGAGCCUUACUGAAAAUCUUAUCACAGUGGUACAAUCCUUACAGCUUCAGUGAAGUUAAACCGGUCCAUUGAAGGACAUUUCUCUAUGCUGAUCUAUGAAGCCUUGAGUGGAGGUUAUGACAGGGCAUGGGUUUCAGACUGUGGUCACUGUUGCUACCACUCAUCACCAC